GCGAACUGCUGGUCAGCUCGCUCUACGUGUCGCCCUUCCAAGUCUCCUGGGCGGUCAGCAGAUCUCUUGGAGGCGGAGUGACAGGGCUGACUCCCGAUCCCUUGCGGCGCCUGGCGUGGGCGGAGCGGCUGGUGAACGGGGACUUCGGGCUUCAGCUGGUGGAUGGCGAUGGUUCCCGCUUGGCGGUGGGUUCUCUGAAUGCGAAGGAGCCGCAGCUGGAUCUGCUGCUCGCGCUGCCGGGCGACCUCCAGGCGCAGCUGCCCAGCGGCGCGCUGCUGGCGCUGGACGCACGCGCGCUGCGCUUGGGCCUGCGCCAGGGCAACGACCUACAUUUCGGCCCGCCGCUGGAUGGCGGGCUCUUUGCUCUCAGCGCCAAGAUCCAAGGCCUGCACACGGAGGCCAUCCUCGUCACCGACGCAGCUCUGCAGUUGGUGGCGGACUAUAGCUGUCAGCUUCCCCCAGCGGAGUACUAUGACAUCUCCAACUGCUCCGGGCGCAGAACGGCUUCGAGUUGCAGCCUGCAGUGCCGGGAGGCGGCAGUACCCCAGCCUGGCUUCGCCCGUCCGGUGGUAAAGUGCCCAUCCGAGGGUGGGGUCUUCAGCCUGGAGGGCUGCAGUGCGCCGAGCUGCUUCCUGCCUGAGGUUCCCGAGGAGUUCGACCUUCAGUGCGGUGCCAGCAAUGGCCCUUUCCGUGCAGAGGACUGCCAAGUUCAGUGCAGAUCGGGACAGGUGGGCGCUUUGGCACUUUGUCAACAACACCUGAGCGUCCUGGAGCUGAGUGGCUGCCCUGAGGCUAAAUGUCUUCUGCCGGCAGACACAGCAGGCUACGACGUUUCUGGUUGCGACACCGGCCGAGCAGUUCCUGCUUACCAGUGCCUAGUGACGUGUGCUGAAGGCUUUGCACCUCCGCCCGGCCAAAACGUGGAGGUCUCUUGCGAUGAAGGAAAAACCGAGUUCCGGCUCACUGGGUGCUUUCAGCAAUGCGUGGCACCAGAAGGCAUUGCUUAUGGGGGCCAGCCGUCUUGCGCCAGACCUGUGCUGCCUCACACCGACAUUUGCCAAGCGCAGUGCGCAGCGGGCUACCAGCCCAGCCCCAGCGAGCUGAGGUGCGAGCGCGGUCUACUGGUCCCGGCUGUGUUUGAGUGCAAGGAGGCCAACUGCCAAGCCCCUGCAGUGCUCAAUGCGACGGAGCCCUCCUGCCAGGAGGGCGCCCUGUUGCUGUCGGGCACAAGUUGCACACCCAGCUGCGCGCAGGGCUACCGCGCCACAGCCUUGGAGCUGCUGUGCUUGAAGGGUCAACUGGACCCCCCCAGCUUCCGUUGCGAGGGCCUGCCCUGCAGUGCACCCAGCUCUGCCACGGAGGAGUAUGCCUCGCCUGCCUGCGCCGAAGGUGAAGAGAUCCCCCACGGAGGCCUUUGCACGGCGCGGUGCGCGCCCGGGAGCUCGCCGAUGCCCCUGCAGCUCCAGUGUGCCGUUCAGCAGCUGCAGCCGCCCAACUUCACUUGUGGCAAGGCCUGCGAUGCGCCCACGGGCAUUCCGAACGCACAAGAGCCCACUUGUGCGGAGGGCGCAGUGCUAGAGCAUGGGACUUUCUGCAGCCCUGUCUGUGGAGAAGGCUUUUCCCCGCUGGUGGCAUUGGAUGCGGAUCUGCAGAAGGCGAUGCCGCAGCUCAACUGCUGGGACGGCGCCAUGCGGCCGCCGCGCUUUACUUGCGCUCCCGGGGUUUGCCCAGCACCCCAGGGCGUCCAAGACUCGGCGACGCCGGCCUGUGCUGAGGGCUGGAAUAUUGGCAGUGGAGGUCAAUGCACCAGCCUGUGCCAACCAGGCUUCAGCGGCACCCCUGUGGCGCUGAGCUGCAAUGCCUCGGUCUUCACGCCCGGCACCUUCUCCUGCGCGCCCCAGAACUGCGAAGCCCCAGGUGUGGUGAAUGCCGAGACCCCUUCCUGCUCGGAGGGCCAGGUGAUCCGCCACGGGGAGAGCUGCACGCCCCGCUGCGCCAUGGGGUUCUCGGCCUCAGAGUCACGGCUGAGCUGCCGCCUGGGCACCCUGCUGCCGCCAAGCUUCAGCUGCUCGCAGGCGGCGCUCGGCACGGAGGCGUGGACGGUAGCUGCUGCCACGACUGAAGGCGGCGCUGCCCUGUGCGCCUUCAGCGGUCCCGGAGGUGUGCUGGUGCACUCGGUGCAGGAGCAGAAUGGCGUUGCCAUUUCCGCAGGCUCCCAACGCGUCGCCCUGGAGCUCCCAGCGCUGAGCUGGUUCCUGGUCGCCGGGCUUAACGCUUUGCUGGUCUACUUGAGGCCCAGCACCUGCGGCACUUGGGAGCUGGCCCUGCACAGCGUGGAGCCCGGCUCAGCCCCGCAGGUUUCAGAACCCGCGACGCGGCCCAGCACAGAAGGAGCCACAGUCACGGCUGGGGCCUUUCUCCAGUCGCGAACAGCGCUGGUGCUGGCCGGCCGGGAGGCGUUCCUGGUUCAGCCGUCAUCACCACCUUCGAUCUCUGCUUCUGCGACCUUCACGGAGGGUGAUGUGGCGGCCGUGGCAGUUGGGGCCAUGAAUGGCCAGGCACUGAUCGCCUAUGUCGCCUCUGGCUGCCUGCGCUCGCGUCUCGUGUCGGAGAGUCUGAGCUUCUCCGAGGAGCAGCCGGUGCAUGACAGUGAAGACUGCACAUCAGCAACUAGUGUCGCAGUGUCAGCCUUUGGAAGUGGCUAUUUCCUGGCCUUCGGGGCUCACAGCGGCCGACUCAUGCAGGGCCAGGAGGACGUGCCCAUGGAGGAGCUCCGGGCGCAGGACGAGAAGGAGCUGCCGAUGCCCAGGAACUGCCCCAUGGAGCUGGACGAGGCCUUCAAGAUUCAGACCCGGCUCAACGCCACCACCAUCGCCCAGGAGGAGGCCAAGAAGGCGGACCAGGAGGACGCGCGGUGCUUCCUGAAGGAGGAGGGCCUUCCGUUUCCGCAGACAGGACCGGAGUGGCGAUUGGUCUACCGGGCCAUGGGCAAGGACGUGGCGGACUCCAAGGAGCAGAUGAUCCUGCGGGCGGUAUGCGACGAGGGCAUCUCGGUCCCGGUGGAGAGCCUCCAGCAGUUCCCAGAGGUGUACAAGGCCCUCAUGGACCGCAUUGGAGGCCCGGGGGCCCUGGCGGAGGUGAAGGCCAUCUUGCAGCUGGUGUUGGACGAGCCGCCGGAGGGCCUCUACAACCGCUGGGUGAAGGAGCGGCUGGAGUACUACCGCCGGGUGGAGCCCUCGGCCCCGACCAGAAGGCUGCUGCGCUCAAGCGCAUAG